AGAUAAUCCAAGAUGUCAGAAGGGAGUUCAGGCAAUGAUCCUGGGAACCCUGGCUGCAGCCGGCCUACACUGUCAGCUGCACGAGGGUUAAUAGGAAGGAAGACUACUGCCCCAAUUACCCCUGGUCGCCUGCCUUCCAUCCGCUCCCGAGAUCUUACCCUUGGUGGAGUGAAAAAGAAAACCUUUGCUCCCAAUAUAAUUAGCAGGAAGAUCAAAGAAGAGCCAAAAGAGGAUGUUUCCAUCAAGAAAGAGAAGAAGGAACGUGAUCGGGACCGGCAGAGAGAUGGUCAUGGACGAGGACGAGGGAGGCCAGAGGUCAUCCAGUCUCACUCCAUUUUUGAACAAGGACCAGCUGAAAUGAUGAAGAAGAAAGGUACCUGGGAUAAGACUGUGGACAUGUCUGAUUUUGGCCCAUCCCACAUCAUCAAUAUAAAGAAGGAGAAGAGGGAGACAGAUGAGGAGACAAAGCAGAUCCUGCGCAUGUUGGAGAAGGAUGAUUUCCUUGAUGACCCAGGCUUAAAAAAUGACAUCCGGAACAAGCCUGUUCAGCUGCCCCUGGCCCAUUCCGGCUGGCUUUUCAAGGAGGAGGGUGAUGAUCAAGAGGAUGUGAAGCCUUUGAGCUCCAGCACCAAGGAGGAGAUGAUGGAAGUGGACAUGCCGGCAGUGAGAGUGAAAGAAGAGCCCCACGAUGAAGAAGAGCCCCUGCCCACUCACAAACCGUCUCUUGCAAAGGCACCCCCUCCCUUCCCCCAGGACAUGUCUGUGGCAGAGCUGCUGCAGAAGUUGAGUUUCUGCAAGGAAGAUGAGUUGCUGUUCUUGCAGCUGCCGGAUACGUUGCCAGGGCAGCCACCCACCCAGGAUAGCAAACCCAUCAAGACUGAGGUGCAAAACGAGGACGGGCAGAUGGUGAUGAUAAAGCAAGAGAAGAGCCAGGAAGCCAAGGAGGCUGAGAACAUCUGCACCCUGGGGGACCUAUCAGAAGGGCAGGUGGGGAAGCUGCUGAUCCGCAAGUCAGGGAAGGUGCAACUAGUGCUGGGCAGGGUGACCCUUGAUGUGACUAUGGGGACCCCAUGCUCCUUUCUUCAGGAGCUGGUGUCAGUGGGCAUUGGAGACAAUAGGAGUGGUGAGAUGAUCGUCCUGGGCCAUGUGAAGCACAAGCUGGUCUGUGCCCCAGACUUUGAGUCCUUGCUGGAACACAGGCAUCGAUAAAGAACAGGCCAUGGCAAAGGCUUCUGGCCCUUCCUGAGGGUUCUUAUGGACAGCAGUGUCUUUGGCUGCCCAGAAGUGCCGCCUUGAGCUGAUGGAUGAAGACUUUCCUAGAGAAG